GCCGUAUUCUAGAUCGAACCUCUACCGCGGUGGGUGAACUAUGCCGACCGUAACGCAAUGCUUGUCGUCGUCAGUCUCCUUGACAGCGAAUACCGCGACAUGACCAGGCUGUAUAUGGAGCAGUCUAACACCAAGACAGUUCUUGAACCCCUCAUGUUCUAUUCGCCUGACUGCUGGGCCGAAGAGGCAAAGCAGCGAACGAUUUUCCAGGACUUGCCGCAAAGCAACGUGAAAAUCAUCAAAACUACCGAAAAGGGGACCGAAACCCUCAAACCCCUCAGUAAUCGAAGCGGCUAUGUAUUCAUCGACACCAUCGUGGACGGCGACAAGGGUGUACCGCCUGCUUUGUCGCGCUAUCACGACCGAGGCCAGCUCCAGUACAUCCUCGACGCUAAGUGCCUCGGUCAUCUCUCGCCCGACAACGCCUCCCGUUGCCACAUCCACACCGGCAGUUUCGGUCUUGACUACGUCACAAACAACUACGAAACAUUGAACCAGUCAGCCAGCACAACAGGCUACUUUGGCCCCGGCGCCAUCCCCUCGGCUGUCGAGCCUAAUACGGGCAGGCUAAUAAGCCAGAUCCUCCUAGUCCACCCGACCACAAACUUCGGCUGUUUCAUCGGCUUGUUUGGCCCUAUCAUCCUGAGCACAAUCCUAUCUAUUCUGGUACAAGUGCUCGACUCUAACCUGAAGAGAAUACUGCCGUUUAUUCUCCUCGCCCGACUUGGAGGCUUGGGACUAAAGACCGAGUAG